AAAUGUAUCUGUUUGUUAUUUAACGGCUAACGGAAGAGCAGUCCAAUCCUUUUUAAUCUCCUCAAGUCAAAAUCAGCCAAUUCGCGCGAUUUAAUUCGCUUUUCCGCCAAUUGAGAGAUUUUAUUUUCCUUUUUAAUUAGGUUUUAUCCUCCUAAUUAGCGUUUAGAGCGAGAAAAAGCAAUUGAACUGUGAUCGAUCUAGUCCUUUCAGUUGAUCCGUAGAUCCCUAAUUUUGAGAGGAUAUGGCGAUCCUUUUCGCGCUUGUGGCCAGGGGAUCGGUGGUUCUGGCGGAGUUUACUGCGACGGCGACUAACGCCAGCGCCAUAGCCAGGCAGAUACUGGAGAAGAUACCAGGCGAUAAUGACAGCCAUGUCUCUUAUUCUCAAGAUCGUUAUAUAUUUCACGUCAAACGUACCGAUGGCCUCACUGUCCUCUGUAUGGCCGACGACACCGCUGGAAGAAGAAUACCUUUUGCGUUUCUUGAAGACAUUCAUCAGAGAUUUGUGAGAACUUAUGGCCGUGCUGUCCAUUCAGCCCAGGCGUAUGCCAUGAAUGAUGAAUUUUCAAGGGUUUUGAGCCAACAAAUAGAGUAUUACUCAAAUGAUCCAAAUGCAGACAGGAUAAAUAGACUAAAAGGUGAAAUGACUCAGGUGAGAAAUGUCAUGAUUGAGAAUAUUGACAAAGUUUUAGAAAGAGGAGAUCGUUUGGAAUUGCUGGUUGAUAAAACUGCUAAUAUGCAAGGGAACACCUUCCGUUUCAGAAAGCAAGCUCGUCGUUUCAGAAACACAGUAUGGUGGAGAAACGUCAAGCUCACGGUUGCCUUGAUAGUCCUCCUCUUAGUGAUUGUCUACGUUGUACUGGCCUUUGUGUGCCAUGGACUUACACUACCCACCUGUCUGUAGUGACAGCAAGCAUUGAGUGAGAUUCUGGCGUGCUCUGUGCCCUUCUUUUUGUUGGAAUAUGAUAUUUCUAUUUAAGCUUCCUUUGCUGUAAGUUCUAUUAGAUUUUUUGCUUGUGCAAUAUGACGUGCUUGAUUGUCUGUAUAGGCAUAGUUACAGCUUCCGAUUGUAACAGUGCCUCUUGUUGAGACAAAUGGCUUGAGAUUGAAUGCCUACUAAAGCAUUAGCUUGACUUGAUACUUAUUGUGGGAUAAUUUUUUGGUGUAAAAUCCGUAAGGCGUUGUCUUUUUUUA